AUGGCCACCAUCACAUGGGGCACGAUUCAAUCACUCCUCCUCUUCUUCGGUCCCUGGCUCCUGCCCCGGAUCCUAGCCUUCUACCGCAGCCUCAAAAACCGGCCAGCAUCGCAAAUACGGCCCCUUCCAACCAAGACCUCUUACGCAUUAGCCAUCCUCUUCAUAUCCGGAACCCUGGCCUUCCUGUCAACCCUACCCGCUUUCGCACCCGAAAAUAUAUUCCGUCUAACGCAGUCGCGGCUCCAUACCAACGGCGGCGUCCUCUUAACCCGUCUCGCCACAGUUCGCUCCGUCACCGCACCUGACGAGAAAUUGCGGGCCAUCUUCGAUGCCGGUGGCUUAGAAGCAAGGCUCCUGUACGCGCGCUAUGGCCCACAAGUCCUCCUCGACUGCACCCUCGCGAAAGCAGGCGAUAUAGGCGCUGAACGGGCCUUCCUAAUCUACGCCCUCCCAUCCCUCCUAACGCCCCAUCUCCUGCACCUCUUCGCGCUGGGGAUCGCGACGUCUGGAUUGCUCUCUGGAAAGGAAGGAGCGCGCUGGAGGACGAUGGCAAUCAUCACCGGCCUCAUCCUCGCGGUGGUUGAAAUCUACAUAAUCUCAAACUACAACGACCGCGCCAACGCCCGCUCCGUGCGCGUCAACGAUAUCGACUUCCUGCACUGGAAAAUGGCCGUCUACCGCGGCCUCGCCAUAGCCGGCUCGGACGGCGUGCUAGGCUGGGUAAUCUGGCUCCAAGCGACUGGACGCGCUUUCAUCACACCGCCCACCCCGGGGGAGAAGAUCCUAGAGACUGGGGCUGCGCUGGAGAAGGUAUUCGCGAAGACGAGGGGGAUUGGAGUGGUGAGGAACGCCGCGUUGAGGGACGGGGGGAUGAGGAAGCGGGUUGAUGAGUAUUGGUUCAAGGAGAGCGAGGUGAUGAAGGAUGUGCUGGAGGAUGCGGAGGUUCUGGAGGCGCAGAGGAACGCUUUGAGAAUGCUUGAUACGGUGAGAGCGGGGAGGGAUGCUGAGGCUUUUAUAGAUGCUGUGUUGGGGCCUGAGAUGAAUUCGGCGGCACAGGCACAUCAGAGGGUCAUGGCAAGAUAG